GAGAGUCUGGUUCCGGGACGGAGCGUGGGCGAAGGUAGUGUGGUCUGGCGGUGGGCCCGGGGCGAGUGAGUCAUGGGUAUCCCCUUUUUCAGCCCGCGCGCCCUCGGGCGGGGAGUCCGUCCCGCGUCUGUCUUCCGGCGGCCGGGAGAGGCAGCGGUUGGAGGCCGGGCUAAGGGCUUGACUUUAUCCGCCGAGACUGCGAAGAACUCCUGUCAAUGGAAUUGAAGUUUUGAGGAGAUAUGUGUGAACGGAUUAGAGGCUUUGAUGUUUGAGUGUACAAGACUAUACUUUUGGAAGGAAGCCGUUUAUUUGCAGCCCACACCUAAGGAGUGAGUAAUUAUCCUCCUUUUCCUCAAAGAAACCAUGAGUGGAAGAUCUCAAGUCCACAUUUUUUGGGGUGCUCCACUUGGUCCAUUGGAAAUGACAGUACCUCAAGAACCAACUUCUUUAAUGUCCACUGCUGACCCCUGGAAAGAAAUUCAGCUUUUGUACAAUCAACAUCCUUUACAUCUGAAGGAUGAAAAAUCCAGGCACAAAACCCUUGAAGACUAUCAAGCCUUAGAAGCUGUGGGCUCUCCAGAUCUUCCUCAUGGGCACUUUCCAGCAAAUUCUGUGAACAGCUCUGCUCAUGUGAAAGAUGACUUCAUACAUUGCAUUUCUGAAACACAAACUUUAAAAUCCCAGAAGAGUCACCCCUUGGUUUCAAGUGAUGGAACCAAGUCCAAUGAGCAAAUAUGUGGGUUUAAGGGCAGAGUUCAGCAUUUAGCUGAAGAAAAAAAGUAUCAAAAUCUCUUCAGUGAAAAUAAGAUCGCAGAUGAACAACAUCAAUAUCGGUCAAACAUAUGUGAUCACAACUUUCCAAAAAAUUCCUUUCAGUUAGAUCCUAAGUGUGCAGCUGUAUUGGAUGUGGUCUGUAGGCCUGAACAGAUGGACACAGGGCCAGGAACUAUCAAAACAAAGUGUGUACCAACAGAACAUCGUGAAAUACAAAACCAGUGCCUGGAGUUCUUUUCCUCUAAUUCAGUAGACAAGCCAAAGCCUGAAGAAGCAGUUGGGAAAGUCUCAGGCCUUAAAAUAUCAACCAAUACUGAAUUUCUCAGUAUAAUGACCUCCAGCCAGCUUGCUUUUUUAGCUCAAAGGAAGUAUAAAGGGCAGAAUUCUAUAAAUAAGACCGUAAACAUGGAGACCGAACCAGAGGCAAGUCAUGGGGAAAUAAGAAUAACCGAAGACAAUUUGAAUCAGCCUAAUGAUGAUACUGCAGAAGGAUAUGAAGAUGGACAAAAUCAAGCUCAUUUCCUUGAACUUGUUAGUCCUGUUCGUCCUGAAACAAGAAGUCGCCACAUUCACUUAAACUCUGAUAAAGGUCUUGAAGAAAAUAUAGGAUCUCCAGAACUUUUCAGUGUUGAAGAUAAGCUGCUACCGAAUGAGAUAUGUAUUGAGCCAUGUAGCUCAGGAAUACUGUGUUCCCAGCUAAAUACUUUCCACAAACGUUCUAGUAAAAGAAGCUGGACCUCUGAAAAGAAAUCAGGCCCUCCUAAAGCUCUGUCUGAAGCUCCUCAUGUGGCUAAGAAAAUUAAGUUGAUUUCUAAUGGGAGAGAUCAUAUUGUAGCAGUGGGCCAAAGGAAUGCAUCUGAAUUUAAGGGCAUUAAAAAAACAUCAUUGAUAAAAAACUGUGAUUCUGAAAGUCAGAAGUAUCAUUGCUUAGUCGUGGUGUUAUCCCCCUGUCACAUGAAAGAAAUAACUAUAAAAUCUGGAGCAAAUUCUGGCUCUAAAGUGCCUUUAGCAACAAUUGUGGUAAUUGACCAGUCAGAAAUUAAGAAGAAGGUUUUUCUGUGGAGGACUGCAGCAUUUUGGGCACUUACAGUGUUUCUUGGAGAUAUAAUUUUACUAACAGAUGUUACUAUUCAUGAAGAUCAUUGGGUUGGUGAGACAGUACUGCAGUCAACAUUUACCAGUCAGUUAUUAAAUCUUGGGAGUUAUUCAUCUGUCCGGCCUGAAGAAUAUUCCGGUGUAGUUAGUGAUGUUGUACUUCAAGAUUUACUGGCAUAUGUGUCUUCAAAACACUCCUAUCUCAGAGACCUUCCUCAAAGGCAGCCUCAGAAAAUGAGCAGUAUAGAAUUUGUAGAAUUGGAGCAGCUUCAGCCAGACAUAUUAGUCCACGCAGUUCUCAGAGUUGUUGAUAUCACUAUACUGACAGAGGCAUUAUACAGUUAUAGAGGACAGAAGCAAAGGAAAGUUAUGUUAACAGUGGAGCAGACCCAAGGUCAACAUUAUGUGCUUGUAUUAUGGGGUCCUGGAGCAGCCUGGUACCCUCAGCUUCAAAGGAAAAAAGAUUCUAUUUGGGAAUUUAAAUAUCUUUUUGUUCAGCGGAAUUGCAUCCUAGAAAACCUAGAAUUACAUACAACACCAUGGUCAUCUUGUGAGUGCCUGUUUGAUGAUGAUACAAGGGCAAUUAAAUUUAAAGCAAAAUUUCAAAAAAACACACCCUCCUUUGUGAAGAUUUCAGAUUUAGCAACACACCUAGAGGAUAAGCAUUCAGGAGUGAUUCUAAUCAAAGCCCAGAUUUUAGAGCUGGUGUUUCUUAUUUCAGCAACUCAGAAGAUAACUCUAAGCGCUCACAGUUCUCUGGAGAGUAUUUUUUCUGCUCUUCCCAAGGUUAUAUACACUGGCUGUGCAAAAUGUGGAUUAGAACUAGAAACAGAUGAAAACAAGAUCUACAAACAAUGUUUCAGCUGCUUGCCAUUUACUGUGAAGAAAAUAUAUUAUAGGCCAGCUCUAAUGACCAUAGUUGAUGGACUAUCUAAGGUUUGCAUCCACAUAGGAUCAAAGCUGAUAGAGAAGAUUCUUCUUAACAUUCCUCCUGACUGGCUCAACAGAGUAAUAGCCCCUCCCUCUGACGUCACCUAUGGCAUGGUCGCUGCAGACCUGCUCUACUCCUUGCUGGCAGUCAGCGGGGCUCUUCGUGUCCUGAAGGUGCAGAGCCUCUUUGUGUUGGAUGAAAACAGCUACCCGCUGCAACAGGACUUCUCCCUCCUGGAUUUUUAUCCCAACGAUGUGAAGCACAAGUCCCAUGCCCCUCUCUGAGGCCAGAUGAAGAAACUGCAGUCAUUUCAUGGAAAAGCACUGAAAUGGUGUCUUUCAAAGUGAAUUACCAGGGCUUUUUCUCAGGGUUUUUAAAUAAGAAUAUUUUAUAAAGAGAAUUGUGCUACAUAUAUUUAUUAAAACUUUC